AUGGCGUCUGUUCCGCACUCGAGUCUCCAUUCGUCCUUCACCGCACGCCACUAUCCCGCACCUCGCCUACUUCCUUCGCUCGCUAAGUCCGCGUUUUCAGGGGAAUCGAUAGAUACUUUUCGCCAGCAAUGCGGGGUUCGUGUGAUCCCAGCCGUAGGAUCCAAGGUCCAUCAACAUAUCGAACGGCGGGCGGGGAUCCGCGCGAUAGGAGGGCCGCCAGGAAUGGGCGCGUUCCCGCGCGCGCCGCAACAAGGCGGAAACGUUCUCAAGCUGGUGGUGAGCGGUCCUGUGGCUUCCCCCCUCGGCGCCACCAUCCUUUCAACUCUCUCCUCUGCUCGCGGGCUGCAACUGGCUGCUGUGGUGGACGGCAAUCCCGAGGCUAAUGGGCGGGAUGCCGGGGAGGUGGCCGGUCUACCUGAGCCUCUGGAGCUGCCAGUGGUGGCUGACGUCAUCAUGGUCCUGGCCUCCGUUGCUCAGUCGCGGUCAACAGGCGUGUAUGUGGAUUUCACAGGGGAUGCGUCUGCUGCCUGCGAGAACGUGCGACAGGCAACGGCGUUCGGGCUGAGCAGUGUGGUGGUGGGUGCGAGUAUACCAGAGGACGAGCUCAGCGGUCUCUAUGACUUCUGUGACAAGGCGUCCAUGGGAUGCAUCAUCGCCCCCACUCUCUCCAUCCUCUCCAUCCUCUUGGAGCGAGCUGCCACUCAGUUCGCCUUCCACUGCUCUCACGCGCACAUCAUCGAGUCACUUGCAGAGCUGACACAGGCACCAUCAGAGGACGUUGUUAGGCUGGCCCAGCAGCUAGCACAAGUGGGGCGCACAUUCAAUGGCAACGAUACCUCCGAGGACCUGGCACGGGGAUUACUCAUGGAGGAGGGGGUGAGGGUGCACAGCAUGCAACAGCCAGGGCUGCUGCAAAGCACUGACGUGCGGUUUGGGAGCAACGGGCAGACGGCAUCUCUCCGGUUGGACAUCACAUCACAUGCAGCAUACAUGCCUGGUCUACUGCUCGCCAUCAGACGAGCCCCCAGGUUGAAGGUCAGAGACUGCCUCUCAUCCCGCCUCUUCUGCACUGCUGCUGCUUUCCCACAUCCGCCUCGUUCACCUUGUACCUCUCUUCCAUGA